CCGCCCGCACGGGGGCCGCCGCGCGGCGGGGAGGAGCCGGGGCUGGAGCCGGAGGCCGAGGCGCCCAAGCAGCCGGAGCGGAAGCUGUGCGCGGAGCACGGGCAGGAGCUGAGCCUGUACUGCCAGGAGCACGAGGCCAUCAUCUGCGUGCUCUGCGCGCUGCGCGGCGCCCACCAGCACCACGCGCUCGUCACGCUGGACGAGGCGUACCGCGCCGCACGGAAUAGAGAACCCGUUGACCUGAAGGUGGCCAUGCUGGAGAUGGUGGAAAGGUUAAAAUUCAAGUGCACAGACCCUAAAGUGACCCAGAGUGAGAUGAAGCUGUGUAUUCAGCAGGAGUUUGAUAAAGUACGGCAGCUGAUCUGUGAAGAAGAGCAGAAAGCUCUCCACCUGGUGGACCUCCAAGAAGCAGUGGCCACUGCUCGUGUGACUGAGGUGCUGGCUGAUAUCAAUGUCCACAUGGCAAAGCUGAUGACCGAGAUGGUAGAGAUCCAGAGGCAGCUAAACAUCUUCAGUGAGCUAGCCUUGCUCAAGCCUGAGAGCAGAGAUGAAGACCACAGAGCCGGCCCUUUCCCUCCUGCUUCUCCUUCCCGAGGGAACAGGCGAUAUGACGAUGAUGACCUGUCAUCUUCCUCCAAUGGGCCCUGCUGAGAACUUGAUAUGGUCUUGGCUGCAGCAGACUCCACAGAAGGAUCCUCUCCACUCAAACUCCAUCUGGUGACAAGAAGACAGGAGAAGUGUCUUGAGUGACGCAUGUGUAGCAGAAGCAGCCUCUGACAUUUCCUCCCUUAACUCUGCGGUAUCUUUGGUUCUCCUAGAUAAUAAUGUGACUCUUCUCAAACCCCUCCUUUGGGAAUGCACUGCUUGUCUUACCUAAUGACUUAUUCACUCAUCAGCCUUUUUUUAGGUUGACAAAUAUCUUGCAAAGAUAAGGCACUGGCCUUUGAAAAUGUGGAGCCAGUAAUUAAAAUGAAGAAUGUAUUACAAUAAAAAGUAGAAAUAUGAGCCUAAAAGCCA